AUCGGCCUGCAGGUCUGCCGGCGGCGAUUUGUCAAAGCCAGCAAUUGCAUUCCAUUUGCAUGCAGUUGAGGCAGUCACAGUCACUCGGCUUCGUAUCAUCGUUCUCUGUCUGCUAAUGAGAACAAAUGGAGGUGGCGGUUAGAGUCGCGUCGGAAUCGCUGACAAAUCGCUGGGAAAACGCGUCGGUGGCACAACAGGUGCUUUUCGCUCUUCUCAGCUCUCUCGAAAGCUGCGCGGCGCACGUAUUCCGCCUGCUGAACGGCGCAUCCUGUUGAAUGGACACCUUCGGCUCCGGCGGAAUUGGAAAGUUGUUGCAUACUCUACGGCAUUGGUCGCUCGCCGCGGUCUCCGGCAUACUCGUACCCGUACCCGUAUUGAAACUGAAACUGAAGCCGUUAGUCGUGCGUGUCCGGACAGUCGACGUUCAGCCUUCAGUUCGCACGGUUCGGCAAGCGGUGGCAGCCAUUAAUGAUAAACUCCACAAAGAGCCCUAUCUAAAAUCGCAGGGGCUCGGACUUAAUCCCGUGUGCCGAUCGAGAAUUCUUGUCGGGCGUGCGUGCGAGUGUGUGCAAAGUGUUGCGGAGUGUGUGCGUGUGUGUGUGCAGAUGAUAUAAACCACCCAACAAUCAGCAUAUAUAAUUAAUAAUUCAAGGACUGACUUUAAUGCUGCAAUUUGGCCUGAUUGAUGGCUGGACAUGACUCUUGGUCGCAUUUUCCGCGUUGUUUGCAAAGGGCUACUCCCAGCCUGAAUCUGGUAUCCUGUCGCAUUUAGAAUCGAAGUGUAUUAGCAGAAUGCUGCAUUGCCGUAUUCGGGCAAUUUAUGGCCUCACCCCCAACUGAGAGUCAAACGGAGAGAAGAGGAAACAACCGUCAGCCACACCCCUCCAACAAGGUCCUAAUUUCAGCUCAGCUUCAUCAAAUUUCACCAAAUUUCAUCCAAUGACAAAUGCAAUGCGGGCGAUUGCUGCACUCGCUCUGACAGCCGCCAGUGCAGGAGUGGUCUCAGUGGCUGCCUCGGCGGUCAGCACCACCAGUUCCAGCACCUCCUCCACCACCAGCACCUCCAUAACGGGUGGCGGCACCACCAUCAGCGGGACCAGUGGCAACAGUAGCAGCGGACUCGCCUCGAAUUCCUCGCUGCUGGACGCCGAUCACCUGCCGCUGCAGUUGACCACCGCUAAGGUGGACCUGGACAUUGAAAUCGACAUUCAACUGCUGACAAAUGGCUACGAUGGCACAACGUUGACAUCGUUCUACAAUGAGAGCAGCUGGACAAAUGCCUCUGAAAUGGAUACAAUAGUUGGUGAGGAACCGGAGCCGCUGUCACUUGUGUCAAUUGUAGUUGUUGGCAUCUUCCUAUCGGUGCUGAUAUUCCUCUCGGUGGCCGGAAACAUCCUGGUGUGCCUGGCCAUCUACACGGAGCGCAGCCUGCGCCGCAUCGGCAAUCUGUUCCUGGCCUCGCUAGCGAUUGCGGAUCUCUUUGUCGCCUCCCUGGUGAUGACCUUCGCCGGUGUCAACGAUUUGCUGGGAUAUUGGAUCUUCGGAGCGCAAUUUUGUGAUACUUGGGUGGCCUUUGAUGUCAUGUGCUCGACGGCGUCAAUUUUGAACCUGUGCGCCAUUUCGAUGGACCGCUACAUCCACAUCAAGGAUCCGCUGAGAUAUGGCCGUUGGGUGACACGACGCGUGGCUGUCAUCACCAUCGCGGCAAUUUGGCUGCUGGCCGCGUUCGUCUCGUUUGUGCCCAUCUCGCUGGGCAUCCAUCGCCCCGACCAGCCGCUAAUUUUCGAGGACAAUGGCAAAAAGUACCCCACAUGCGCCCUGGACCUCACGCCCACCUACGCCGUCGUGUCCAGCUGUAUCAGUUUCUACUUCCCCUGUGUGGUAAUGAUUGGCAUCUACUGUCGAUUAUACUGCUACGCCCAGAAGCACGUGAAGUCCAUCAAGGCGGUAACUCGACCCGGCGAGGUGGCCGAGAAGCAGCGUUACAAGAGCAUCCGCCGGCCGAAGAACCAGCCCAAGAAGUUCAAGGUGCGCAACCUGCACACCCACAGUUCGCCCUAUCACGUGUCCGAUCACAAGGCGGCCGUCACGGUGGGCGUGAUCAUGGGCGUCUUCCUCAUCUGCUGGGUGCCCUUCUUUUGCGUCAACAUCACGGCCGCCUUCUGCAAGACCUGCAUCGGCGGACAGACCUUCAAGAUCCUCACCUGGCUGGGCUACUCGAACUCGGCCUUCAACCCGAUCAUCUACUCGAUCUUCAACAAGGAGUUCCGCGACGCCUUCAAGCGCAUCCUGACCAUGCGCAAUCCCUGGUGCUGCGCCCAGGACGUGGGCAACAUCCAUCCGCGGAACAGCGACCGUUUUAUCACGGACUAUGCCGCCAAGAACGUGGUGGUGAUGAACUCCGGCCGCUCCAGUGCUGAGCUAGAGCAGGUGUCUGCGAUUUGACCAAAAGGCUGUCUAAAUCUCUCCGGCGGCAGGGCCACCAUCACCACCUGGCUGCCCUGCGGAUGCGGAGGUCUGCGCGUGGAUGACGAUGACGAUGGGGCGCUGACCACGCGGUAUGUUCCAUGAGAUUCGGUCACGGCGGCCACGGCCACCAUUGUGGAGACCGUGGAGGCCGCGCAGAUGGAGACGGAGCUGCUCUAGACCGCCAAAUGGGUUCCUACGACCGACUCAAUGUCUCAAAGCUUCAAGUGCAAGCAAUCAUCCCAACCCUCUGCUCUGAUCCAGUGGAUGUGGAAAUCUGUAAGUAUUAUCAGCGCGUCCCAGAGACUAAGCAAUCAACUAUGCGUAUACUUAAUCGCACUAGUAUCUAGCUGUAAAUCCAAAAACAUAAGAGAAAACCAAACCAAAUCCAACCCAAAACGUGAUUAGGUCUAAGAUCUUCAGCCCGGCACCUAAGAGCUUCUAGUUAAGUUUCUGUUUGGAUAUUCAUGGCAUUUUGGCUCCAUGCAAAUGCGAUUAUUAUGGAGUGACACAUGUCACUUGCCACACUUCUCACUCACCCAUCCACACAAACAAACAUUUACGCACACAAACAAACCACUCGAGCCCCUGAAAAAAGAAAACGCUGCAUACAUCGCGGCGCCCCCAUAUUGGAGCAGCUCCACAUUUGAUUUAUUGAUGAGAAUUUAUGGUCAUUGAACGAACAGGGCUGCCAGCUGCACUCGUAAAUCAUGCAAAAUGAUUAUUGUUGUUAUUAUUACGGGCACAGCACAAAAGCUGUAAAACUCACCAACCCCCAUUCGCUAUAUAAUAAAUAUUAUGUUUAGUUGGAGUGCCACGAUGAUAGCGAGUUUUUACGACCAAACUUUUCAGACUGAUUUGAAUUUAUGCGUUGAAAUCUGUUCCACGAUGUUAAUUAAGCCAACUGUGAUUGACACCGGCGAACAAAAACAAUGCCAGCCAGUCGAAAGGUUAACCCGCGAAUCCAUUUGGGCACUCUGAUUACCGCGUGAUUUAAUGAGCCGCACCUGCGAAAACACAGCUAUCAGCCUGCGGCAUAAUGAACAUGUGGCCCCUGGCACCGUUUUUGUUUGCCCCUUCGAGUGUCUUGUCUUGUGCCCCAGAUCCCGGAUCUGAGUCAGUAGGGAAAACCAAUGUAAACAGUUUGCUCUUCACGCCGCGAUGAAAAAUUAUGCCAGCACGGCGAAAAAUAUUAAAUUUAUUAGGUCUGACGAAGGCAUAAAAGUCAAGAUUAUAAAUUAAACAAUUCAUCAGAGAAAAAGAAUGUUAAAUGGCUAAUCUCAGUGUACAUGACCUGGGGAAUAAUUUUGUAUUCUAUUUUUGACUUUUUUAAAUACUUCCGUUUUCUGGUAUUAAAAAAAAAUUUUAAAUUAUUUGUUUAAUGUUUAUUAGUUGGUUUUGGUUGCCGUAAUUAAUGUAAACUGUUAAGAUUCUAAUGAUUUUUUUAAUGCAUAAGCAAUAACUAACAACAGCAUAUUAAAGUCCACUUUCAGAAAUUUAAAUCAUAUGGAUUUGCUAAAAUUGUUUUUUAUUUUUCUGGAAAGCUAAGCCAUGGUUUGUGGAAGAAAUUUAAAUUGAGUUUGGUUUUUCUCUGUGUGACAAAGCUUCUGAGCUGUUUGCCCCCUUCGGCACUUCAGUUUCAAUUCCAGUUAUUUGCGGAUGCCACAACUCUUGCCCCAGUCUUUCUCGGUUCUGUUAUUAAUACAAAGUACUUAUGCUGGCUGCCCCAGUUUUUCCCCUUCCUGUACAAGGCAAUCCGCUUACAACCUUUUCAGUCUUUGUUUAUUCGAUUCCCUUUCGCGCGCUCUCCUUUUUGUAUUUAUUUUGGCAGUUUAUUAAAACUUUGGCGCUGCUUUCGUCAUUUUAAUUACGAUAUUCGGAACAAAAGCGAAACGGCAUUUGUUAUCGAAGGCCACGCCCCCAGUACCGCCCAACGCCCACUGGCAAUCGUCAUUGCCACAACUGGCACGCAAUCAAUUCAACUCAACUUCAACUUCACCAACGAUUUCGCACGUGUCGCAGGUUCUUCGUUGAGUAAAGGCUUGAAAUUUGGGGAUUGAGUGCUUUAUGGCACACACGGAAUGGCCUUGUCCUCAAACCUCCAUGCCCUCUUUCCACCCACUCUCCACCCAACAAAAGCCUGGCCGAAUUCCCACAUUCCAUUUGGGUUUAUUUGGGGCACAGCCAUUGACUUUGACUUUGGAAUUUGUCGUGCCCUAACUAAGCCCUAAAAAAAAAUGGCUAGCCCAUGAUAAAUGUGAUUGGCGCGGCCAUAAGCCUUAACCCAAUAUGUUCCAAAUUUGCCAUUAUUCAAUAUUGAUAAAUCAACAGCUAAAUUGAACAGCUACAAAAGAAUUUUUAAAGAGAUGUGGUCGCAAAGCGAAUAUAAUCCAUUUCGGUGAAUAAUAAAUAAUCUGUUAAAUAAGCUUACAAAGCGAGGAAAAUAAUUGGCAUUGUUUUAAGCAGCCAAAAUUCUGCAAACACUCAUACUUUGUCAACCAUGGGUUAAGAAAUUUACCAGAACUCUUUCGUUUCGGCUUUGCAUAAUUAAGAUAAUGCCCGGAUCCUUGUUUUGGUUAUGCUUUCUCGUUACAGAACUUCCUGUUUGUAUCACUUCGCUACUCCUCUUCUUUCUUUCUCAUCCGAAAUUCUCCGACUUUCUCCUGCGUUCUCCGACUUUCUCCCCUUUAUUCAUCUUUGAUUUGCUGGAAGCAAUUUUGUGAUUGUGACUAUUGCAGAUGGUUCCCUGGUUCCUUUUCUCCCCCAAUCAUGAAAAUCCCUUUCUAGCCUGGAAUUUUCAAAGGCCAAGGGUUUUUUCAGGGUUUUGGUUUCCGCGAGUUUUAAUUGAAACAUUUGACAGCCUGAAAGUCGAUUGUUGGCUUGCCAUUCUGUUGGAUUUUGCGGCCUCUGGCUGUCUGCUUCUAAUUGUAUUAGCCAGAUUCAUGUUAGAAGCCUACGUGACCAGCAUGAAAAAGUGGUGCUGUCUGCAACGAGGUUCUGCGAAGAGAGAGGUAUCCAGUAAGCCAAGCCAAGCUGAACAUGCCCUUUCAUUAGCAUAAUCGCCCCACAAAAAACUCACUUCACUAGUAGAUAGAAAUUUCCCCAUUCACUUGAAAGUCUGAACUUCUUUUGUUGUCUAUUUGCUGCUUAAACAAACAGAUUUCCCGUAAUUGCUUUUGCAAUUGGGUCAAAAGAACAAAAAAGGCAUACAGCGAAAAAAAUCACAAGUUCAUGUCAAUAAGAGCUACAAUCAAUUAAAUUUUUGUGCAAACAGCCUGAAAAAAUUCUUUAAAUGAAAGCGCUCAAUUUGAAAAGAAUUUAAAUGAUAAUGAAGCAAAUAUUUAUAUCAAAUUCAAUGGCCACAAAUGUAUGUUUACUUUGUGUGGCUCACUCUUGUAAGACUUCCAGCCCUCUUCAAUAUUUCAUGUCAUCUGUCUGCCCUUGGCACAUUACUUUGCCUGCAAUACUUUAGGCAGCCAUCUGGCUAAUCCCAUGUAUACAUAAUGUGUGUCAUAUAUAUUCAAUUGGCAAUCCUUUAAGCCAGCUUUAAAAUCUAUUUGGAUUUCCCCGUUUGCCGAGUGUUAAACUUCAAUCUGGAGCCGAAAAAGUCAAACGGUGAAUGUCAACAUUUCGCAUAAAUUGCAUGUCGACUGCCAAAGAGAUUCCAAAGCGGUCGGUUCCCAUUAAAACAGGGCCUUUGACGUUGACUGGUUUAGGCCCGCUCACUCUCUGAUGGAUUGAUUGAUUGAUUGAUGGAUGGAUGGUUGGCUGAAUGGCUGGAUAGACGGCAAAAGCGAAUUUUGCUGCUUCGCUGGCAUCGUUUCCCAUCUUUUUUUGGGGGUUUGACAUGGCCACGCCUUCUAAGCACUGACAACUAUCAACAGUUGGCCGCCAAAGUUUUCGCAGCUACCUUAUGCUCUUCGCUUGGCUUAACUUUGGUUAUAUUUUGGCAUUUUUAUAACUUUUACGCCUGCCAGUGUUUAUUUUUCUUUACGACUUUCCACUAAUUCCCGCAGUCUUCCUUAUUAUUUUUUCCCUUUUGCCCUCUUCCUUCGCAGCCAUCCCAAUCUAAAUCUUUUCCUGGCGCGUGUCAUUUUGUAGCCUACUUUUAGGCUGAGCUCGCAUUCCUGCUCCACAUUGCGUAUACGUAACGUAUGCCCGCGAAAACGUUUUAUUGCCGACAUCGCCUGGCGUGCUAAUUUAUACGUUAGGCCCGGGAGGGCCUUCAUUUAAUACCUCUAGCGGCCCCAGUCACGCCCAAAUGGAUCAUAAAAACACAAUUUUAAUCACAAUUUCUUUUUUUUUUUGCUUGCUCCAUGGCAUUUUUCGCAUAAGCAAAUUAGCGAAAAGAUUUCGAUAAGUGCAAGGAACUUAGCACAUAUGAGUUUGUGGCCACACGUUUUUAUGCACAAUCUUUUCGACACUUGCUUUAUUUUAUUUAAAUUCCCAUUUUCCAUCUUUAAGAUGGAAAAUACCUAAAAGUGAAAUAACCAAAGUUUAAAUUUAGUUGAAUACAUUUUUAAAUUUCCUACUCGCAGAGGAAUGCUUUUUCGCCCACUUGACCUUCCAGGCCGUUUUGGCUAAGAGCCUAGUUCGAUGCGCAUGUAGUUGCAUUGAACUUGACAUUUAACCUCCAGCAGCACUGCGUAUACGUAAUCUUUGACAUUUGGCAACUUAAAGUGCUUUAAGCUGCCUCUAAGUCGUUGGCCAGUAACUUUCAUUUGAUUUUCAACUUCUUGCCGCCGCCCGCAGAAAGUUUCGCUCCCUUCCGAGCGUCCUUUUGUAAUCGUGGGCUCAAAAAAAGGGGGUGGAAAACUUUGGGCUCGGAAAAAGUUUUCCAAGCCUGCAACAAUAACAAAUGCAGCAAAGUUAAGAUAGACUUCCUUCCCUUCGCGGCUCCACCUGCCACAGCAUGCAAUUAAAAUUAUGUGCCCCAAAUGCAAAAGAGUUGGCUGCUGCUGCAGCCUCGAAAACAUUUCGUAAUGCACUUGGCUUCAGGUUUUAUGCCAGUUGCGGUAAUUUAAUCGGAAGGCAAAUUCAAUUCGAAGGCAAAAGUUUCUGAAUAAAUGAUGGCUGUCCGGGUGUAUCGAGUGAAUUGGGAGCAUUUCCAUUUGCCACUUACAAUGACAGUUAUUUAAUUCCACCGGGAAGCCGCUGCCGCUGCCGCUGCCGCUGCUUAACCUUAUCCCUUUUUUGCCUGAUCCCUGCUGACGAGUAUCAAGCGAUUUAAGCUGCACUCAAUCGAUUUUAUAUCCCGACCCUUACAUGCGAUGCAUUUUAAUUAAGAAGGAAGCCUCUGAGUCCGCAGGCGGACUGUUACAGACGCCAGCCUACAAUGUACACCUUUUUAACAAGGUCCUGUCGCCUUGACAUGCCACGCCCACCGCCCCCGCUCUCUGCAGUUUGCAAUUUUAAACCCCAAUUGAAUUACUUUCCAUAGCCGGCAUCGUUGGCGGUCGGCUGGUUGGGCCUUCUACCUGAUUUUCCCCCGUGGGCUGCAAAGGCUGCCUGCCAACCCGCAUAUUUGAUGGGGCUUUGAGAACGCCGCCUUCUUAGCUGACGAAGAACAGGUGAAAAAUAAGGCGAGAAUGUUGAGCCAACAGUGUUAAUUGGUCUGCGAAACCCAAAGAAUUUCAGACUUGGCUUAGAUGGGCUUAAUCAAAGAAAAUAGUACCAGUGCUUAAAGCGAUUAACAUGGUUAUAAUAUUCGAAAUAAAUUUUUUUAAUAUACUUAGUAUAUGAUUUUUUAAAUAUUUUUAAUGUUGUUGUAUA